AUGCCCCCACGCCUCCCCCAGGAACUAGCAGAGAUGAUCAUCGACGAGCUCGGCGACACGUACCAGCGCCCAACCCUUGCCGCGUGCUCCCUCACCUGCCGGGCGUGGCUGCACCGGAGUCGCGUCCACAUCCACUCUGCAGUCAGACUCGACCCCAACAGCCACCUCGACCGCCUCUCCGAACUCUACAGCGGCCCUCUCGCGGACUACGUGCGCAGCCUCAGCAUCGAUGCCUCCAGGCUCAAGAAGAUCCACCGGCUCGCGCUGGAGGCCCUCGUUUGGGAGCAGCUGGAGGAGCAGACGGUGCGCAUAUUCCUCACCAACUACGACGACGUGCGCGAUGUCUGGUUGGCCGCAUGCGACUUCUAUAACCCAGCCGCUUUCGUUCGUCUCCUUCAGUCGUUCGGAAAAGCGGACUCGAUUCGCAUGGAGGGCAUGGGAUGCGACCCUGUGGAUUUCGAGGAGGCGCUGGAGGAGAAUGGCCCGGUGCUGCACUUGCAGGCCCUGGAUGUGGGAGAGUUAUGCAACGCCCCGAGCAUCGUCGCCCGGUGGGCGUACCACGGGCGGAAGGAGGUCGUCAUCGAGAGCAUCCACUUUUCGUGGAACCACGAGGACCCCGUCCAUCUCUCGAGGCUGCUGCAGCUCGCUGGUCCCUCUGUGAAGAGCCUUUCCAUCACUAUGGACGACCACGUCCAGCGCGUUCGGACGACCCCAGGCGAACUGCAGGGUGCUGUCGACCUCAGCCAGAACACCGGCCUACGCACGCUACGCGUCCUCCUUCGUCUCGAGACCAGCAACUACAUCGAGGUAUCGUGGAUUGGAGAUGUGCUGUCUCAGCUCUCGUCACAACUUUUGGCGCACAUCCUGAUAUUCAUCGAGUUGCCCUCGUACGAGCUACUUGACAAGCUCAGAUGGGAUCUGAUCGACUCCGCCCUCGCAGAUACGCGCAUCCCCGCGCUCAAGAAGGUCGAGUGCUGCAUACUGCGACGCUACAUGCUCCAUCAAGGCCUGGACCCGAACGCAAUCAAUCGCGUGAGGAACGCCCUGCCAAAGCUCGCGGCGUUGGGAAUACUCGAAGUCUCCCAAGAAUACACCUAA